UACAGAUUACUGUAUGUGUGUAUAUAAACUCCUCCAAUUCCAAAAAACCUAAAUUAAAAAAUUACUAAAAAAACCCCUCUUUCUCAAAUUUUCAUACACAGAGAAUUAGGGAAACGCUUCCUGCUUCCAGGGUCUUCAAGUUUCUGAAACCCUUUUGGAGAAAGUUGAGAACUUUGGCUUUGUCUUGCUCAUUUGCUCUCUGGGGGGGGUUUGUUUUUUUUCUCUCUCUCGCGAAAUCAAGGUGGCAUGGAGAUAUCAAUGUUCAAAGCACUUCUUAAUAAAAUCUCCUCUUUUUUCCAUUUUUCAUCCCAUGAGAACAUAAAUUUGGAUCCUGUUCAGAAGUACUACAAAAAAACAGAAGAGAUAUUAAAAUUGUUGAACAAUGUACUUGAUGCCAUUGUUGAUUCUGAGAUAGCUUCUUAUGAAGUGCUUAAUAAGCCAUUUGAAGAACUGGGUCACUAUCUUGAUGAAUUGAGGGAGCAAUUUGAAGACUGGCAACCAUUGUUGAGUAAAGUGAAUCUUGUUCUGCAAGUUGAAUCAUGGAUAUCAAAGAUUUCGACUCGUAGCCUGGAUGUCUUUCAGCUGCUGAAGACUUCUGAGCAACAUCUCCCUGACGAAUUGGGUUCAGCAUCUCUUGAGCUCUGCAUACAGAAACUAAAGCAUAUGAGCUAUGAGCAAAUAUCAACUGUCAUUAAAGAUGCUAUAAGUGAUCUAGUGGAGGGUAUUGCGCCUAGCUCAGAGAUCCUAGUGAAAAUUGCAGAGGGCCUUAGCUUGAGGUCGAAUCAGGAGAUCCUUAUUGAGGCUGUGGCACUCGAAAAGCUGAAGGAGAAUGCUGAACAAUCUGAAAAGAUCGAGGAAGCAGAAUAUAUUGAGCAUAUGAUAGCCCUCGUCACUCGUAUGCAUGAGCGUCUUAUUACGAUAAAGCAGUCUGAAAGCUGCAGCGCAGUUCCAAUACCUGCUGAUUUCUGCUGUCCUCUCUCUCUGGAGCUGAUGACAGAUCCAGUGAUUGUGGCAUCAGGACAAACCUAUGAGAGGACUUUCAUCAAGAAUUGGAUUGAUCUUGGCCUCACAGUUUGUCCUAAGACACGGCAGACUUUAGCUCACACCAAUUUGAUACCUAAUUACACUGUAAAGGCACUGAUUGCAAAUUGGUGCGAGUCAAACAAUGUGAAACUGCCUGAUCCCACAAAGUCUAUGUGCUUAAAUAAGCCAACACACCUUCUUGGACAUGCAGAGCCUGGUGCGCCAAAGGACUCGCCUAUUCUUCCUCAUUCUAGGGUCAAUUCAUCAAUGUCACCUGAGUCAACUCGAUCUAUGGGUUCCCCCACUAAUAAAUAUAUCUCAUCUGGUGGAUUGCAUCGGGAAGGAAGUUCUCCAUUCCAUCCUCGUUCCGCAUCAGAAGGUUCCUUGUCAGUAGCUGGAAAUGGGCAGGUUUUGGAUAUCGCAAGAGUAUCAUCUACAAGUUCUGAAGACAGAUCUGCCGCUAUAGACGAAAAGGGUACAGAUCUAGUGAGCCAACAGUCUACAUCACCAUCCAGAAAUGAAUUUCCUAUUACUACUGAAGCCAACCAGUCGUCGCAAAGCCAUAAUAGAAGUGCCUCAGCAUCCGGCAUACUUUCUAAUACCAAUGGUACUCGAGAAAAUGCAGUAGAUGCCAAUGGGUCCUUACAGACGUCAGGCAACCUGUCAGGCUACAGCAGUGAUGCUUCUGGGGAGUUUAAAUCAGGACCACCAGCUGCUAGCCCUCAACACAGAGAAACUGAGUUGCCAACCAGAUUGCUAGAGGCAAGACCUCGAAACCUAAUGUGGCGCCGACCUUCUGGGAACUUAAUCCCAAGGAUAGUUUUGACUCCAUCCACUGAAACAAGACCUGACCUUUCUGGACUAGAAGCCCAAGUUCGAACUCUGGUAGAGGACUUGAAAAGCACUUCACUUGAUACUCAAAGAGAAGCAACAUAUGAACUCCGGAUGCUUGCAAAGCACAAUAUGGAUAAUCGGAUUGUUAUUGCAAACUGUGGGGCCAUUACCUUGUUGGUGGAAUUGCUCCGUUCUACAGAUUCAAGGGUCCAGGAAAAUUCUGUCACAGCACUUCUUAACUUGUCGAUCAAUGAUAACAACAAAACUUUAAUUGCUACUGCUAACGCAAUUGAACCUCUUAUUCAUGUCCUUGAGACAGGGAGUGCUGAGGCCAAGGAGAACUCAGCCGCCACUCUGUUUAGCCUUUCGGUGAUUGAGGAUAACAAGGUUCGUAUUGGAAGGUCAGGGGCUAUUAGGCCUCUAGUUGAUCUAUUGGGGAAUGGGACUCCUAGAGGGAGGAAAGAUGCAGCCACGGCUUUGUUUAAUUUGUCAAUAUUCCAUGAGAACAAGAAUCGGAUUGUUCAAGCUGGUGCUGUAAAGUACUUGGUGGAGUUAAUGGACCCAGCUGCUGGAAUGGUUGACAAGGCAGUUGCUGUUUUGGCUAAUCUUUCUACAAUUCCUGAAGGAAGGACGGCAAUUGGUCAGGAGGGUGGGAUCCCUGUUCUAGUUGAGGUGGUUGAGUUGGGUUCUGCUAGAGGGAAGGAGAAUGCAGCUGCUGCUCUUUUACAGCUCUGCACAAAUAGUAAUAGGUAUUGCAGUAUGGUGCUCCAAGAAGGAGCUGUCCCGCCGUUAGUCGUAUUGUCACAAUCUGGCACCCCAAGGGCCAAAGAAAAGGCUCAGACACUACUUAGAUUCUUCAGAGACCAUAGACAUGGUAGUGCCGGUAGAGGAUAAUUGCUCAAAUAGAAUCUUUGCUGUCACCAGAGGUUUUGAUUCAACUUUUUAUAGAUGAUGUAUAAAUUGUUGGUGCAAAUAAUUCAUUUGAAGGUCUUCUUGUGUGGAUUUAAUGUAAUUUUUAGGAGGAAAAACAAAUGGUUUAUAGAGAGUUUAUAUCAGUCCUGUAAAGUACUUGUUAUGUGAACGUUGGAGAAAAGAAAAUUCAUACCUGCGAGUCUACUAGUUGAA